AGGAUUCCCAAAAAGUGGAAAUGGGAAGGUGAUCUAUUUGUUGACUUUGCUAAGAACCAAGCGGAGAAAAUUUGUGAAGUGACGAUCAAGGACGCGACUGAUUCACGCGAUAACGGUGCUCGCAUGAGCUUCAUGAUGGCGCAAACCGAUUCCAUUCGCAUCCAAAAACUCUACAAUGUUACGGAUCUCACACCGGUUUUUCGCGCCUGUGGAGAAGCUCAGCAAUUUGCCAAACUUGAAGCUUCGGAAAAUCAAGAUAGUCAAGCACUGCACGGACUAUUUCGUCAUAUGUCAGUUCAGCGACAGGUUGCUGUUCUCCCGCUGUCAUUGGAUGGCGCAGAACUUGCUCUGCUCUUUGUUUUCAGCCCGUCAUUGGAUGCCCUUUGUAGGUUUUUACGUGUACCAGAGCACCUGCGACAGGAUUCGCAGAACACCCAUGUUUUGGUGACCUUGUUGCCAUGGCUUGUCUCGUCUGCCAAAUACAGCAAAGGAACGACGCGUAAGCGAGUCGAUGAAACCAUACAGCAGCUAUUGACUCCGGGUGGUCAAUCGAAAGACAGCCGUCGUCGCAUACUGAGAGAGGCUGCCAUGGCUAUUGAUCUGCUUUCAAUUCCACGCGAGCUCUUGGAUUUUAUGCAGUUUUCGAACAGGAAAUAUUGUAUCUGGUCCUUCCCAGCCGACGGAGCAGCCUUGAAUCCUGGCUUUGAGACCCGACAACUGAAAUACGUACUGGACAAGACCAAAGCUACGUCAGUUAGCCUUGACGGAGAAGCUCGGGUAAUAUUCAUACAUGUUGGGGCCCUCAAGACUUUUUACGAGCUUUCUGCUGUGGUCACUAAGCGGCGCGACGCGCCAGAAGUUCGUUUUUUCACCUACGGCACACAUGAGUCUGUUCCGUCCAGCAGGUGGGGCAUGCGCGAGAUUUUCCCUUUGGGUGGUAUUGUCACCUUCACACCUUUGGCUAUCGCCGAGGACCCCGUUGGAUGUUAUAAUUUGAUGCGUAACCUCGCGCAGCAUCCUCUCUGGGAAUGUUACCUGAUACCUUCGAUCGUGGGUUUGAGCCAUUCCCUAGCCAUGGACUCGUGCCUUCUUCCCAUUCUGGACCUGGGAGACGCAGGCAGCGUCUCUGUCACGAAAGCGCCUACCAAACAUAGUGAUGACGCCUGGAUUGUCAACACCUUUGAGAAACAACUGUUGGGAGUAGAAGAUGUGUUGCGAGAGUGCAUUGAGAGUUCGAUGGAGCGCUUCGCUCAAUGCAGCGAAUCUGACAUCCUGGUUGAAGCCGACCGGGAGAUUUCUCAGGAUCUCAUCAAUAUGGAGCUGCAGCCCACGUUCAUGGACAAUUACCGCCGAUUUGUUGUUAUCAGAGCUGCGUCCGAUGAGACUCGCAGCCCUCCUGAAGGCGGAUUGGGGUGGUCUUCGAUAUCAAACUUCGCAUUUAAGGAUGAUUACUUCCUUGGAUCAUAG